AUGGAGAACGAACCGGACGAAAUAUUGCAAGUUUGCCGUUUCUGUUUGUGCCAGGACGAAGAAUUUCUUAUUCCCUUAGAGGAUAUGUUGGACUUCUCUCCCAACAUAUACAAUAUAGCACUAUUAACAGGCAUUCAGAUAAACGAAGCAAAUAUAGCAUGGUACUUCCUAUGUCUAGAAUGUACAACGAAACUGAAAAGCUCCAUCACCUUCCGGAGCAACUGUUUGAGCAAUGAUGCGCUUUUUCAUGAGAUAUCCACCGUUCUCAAGGCGAGCGUUAAGGACGCCAGCGCUCCAACUGUGGAAACGAUCGAAUUACUAUCGGAUGACUCGAUGGAUAGCGAUCUACUCUCCUUGAUCAGUAGUUUAGAGAAGCCCGAGCUCGAGCCCGACAGCCGGCAAAGCUUUGACGAGAAUUUAUGUAUGUCUACACUCUUCCAAAGCCCAGAGGAAUCUUGGGUUGGAGACGAUGCCGAAACAGACCUCUUCUCGUACUCCGCUAACUAUAUCCAACCGGGAGAGAUUUUAUUUACUGAACCAGAAGUUCGUUCGAAACGCGUUGAUUGGAACAGCAGCUUAAAUCCAGAACCUCCACAACCAGCCAUUUGGAGACAUGUACCCGGCAAGCGAAAAUUUCACCUUUGUGACAUAUGUGGCAGAAUGGUUGUGCAUAUUGAAAGCCAUGUCCCAGUUCACAAAGAAGCUGCUUACAGCUGUUCACAAUGCGGUGUUAAAAUGAAGCAAAAAGCUAAUUUAGCACAACACAUUAAGCAAGUGCACAUGAAAGUCGUUAGUAAAACGUGCACUAUAUGCGAUAAAAGCUUCAUUCACCACAAAACGUAUCGAUAUCACAUGCUCUCACAUGAAGGAAAAUCCUUUGAGUGUCAGGAUUGUUCCAAAUCAUUCAGUAAUAUCAUCUACUUAAGGGAUCACAUUAACAGGCUUCACAAUGCUGGCAAACAAGUUCGCCAAAAGGGACCGGGGGAGAAGAUUGGAAGAAAACGGUACCGAUCCCGGCCCUGUGUGGCCGAUUUUGCAAAGAGUGAUUAA